AGAGCGAGCAUCGAAUAGAUUUACGGUUACACAAGGUGUGGGAGGGGGGACGGCGGAAAGAAUUCAUUAACGCGCCGUCUAGUGUACACUAACUGUACAAUAAAAAUAGAGAGCGAGCAAUUUUUUAAAGCAGUCGACGCUCGACCUUCGCAUCUCUCAGAUAUCCGCAUCAGCUAAUCGUUGCUGCAAUGGCGAAGUUCGUAUUGAGCUGUUGUCUGGCGGUUGUGCUGCUCGUCGGAGCUGCCAGCUGUUUCGAAGACUCCAAAGUGAAGAGGAGAGAAAUAAGCAGCGCCAAAAAGUCCUACGACUACUUCGUCUUCGCCCAGAUGUGGCCUCAGACCACCUGCUGGAACGAGAACAGGCAGUGGACCGACUCCCAGGACACCUGCACCAGGUGUAGAAUCCCCGUCAACGGCUGGACCAUCCACGGAUUCUGGCCGUCCCGUCGUCACGGAGGCCACCCUUCGAACUGCCAAGGCAAUGCCUUCCAAGCCAACGCCCUGAGUUCCGAGCUGAGGGCACAGCUGGCCCGGAAAUGGCCAACUUACAAGAACAAAGUGAGGCUCGAGAGCUUCUGGGGCUACGAGUACAAGAAGCACGGCAGCUGCGCGCUGGACAACAACAGCAUGGACAGCGUUACCAAGUACUUCACCAAGACUCUGGAACUUCUGAACAAGUACGACGUGGGAAAGGCUUUGGAGAAGAGCAACAUUCGCCCUGGUGGACAGUACAAUGUUCGCGAGAUGGCUCAGGCUCUGGAACGAGCUUUCGGAAAGAACACGUACCUACAGUGCAAGACCAACUCGCAAACCCACGAACAGUACAUCGUCCAGGCUCAAAUGUGCUUUGACAAGUCCUUCCAUCUGAUCGACUGUUCCACGAAUAAGUCGCGCAUCAGCAACUGCAGCAACAAGAAGGACGUGAUCUACCCCGAGAACCUUAAGUCUUGCUAGUCUAAUAAGUCAUUAGCUUAAGCAUUAGGUAAUGAAAUCUAUUUAUUAUGUAAAUAUUUUAAUGAAUUUUCUACGAAAAUA